AUCUUUGAAAGAAACCUGAUGAAGCGUCACUCUUGCACUGAUGAAACGCGAAUUGUUGCUACCGAAAUACACAAUGUUCGCGUUUCUUGUACACUGUUAACGCUGAACGCGUUUUGUUGUCGCUCAACGUCUAAUGGCCGACACAUGUGCUACAUCGAUGGAGCCUUGCCUGGUUCAACGUGGAGGCAGGAAAUUCGUACAAGAGAGAACAAUAUUUUCCAAAGAUUCAAAGUACUUGUUAUGCUGUUCUGGCAAUGCUGUGAGUGUGUAUAGCACCGCAAGUGGGGAAUGUGUUCAGACGUUAACAUCACACCAAGAUGCUGUCACAGGGAUACAGUUGAACCAUUCAAAUCAUUUACAGGUGUUCAGCUGUUCUGUUGAUGGUACUGUGAAACAAUGGGAUUUUCCAGAUGGAAUUCUCCUUAAGACAUACAAGCUCCCAUCUCCUGUACUUGGUUUGCUGACAUCCCCAGCUCACCUCGAUGUCAUAUUUGUUGUUGCCAAGCCAAAGUCAAGACAGAAGCAAACAUUAGAAUUAAGCAAGUUCAAACUUUCAAAGGCAACGGCAAAAACUGUAAAGGCGGAUCCUUCGAUACUCAUGAGUAACAUUUUGUCAAACUCACGGACGUUUGCGUUUGGAGCCCAUGGUAAAUUCAUCGCAUCCGUUCAGGAACACAUCCUAAGAAUCUAUUUUAUCAAAUCAAAGAAAUUCAUCAGGUUAAAAGAGCAACACCGUAAGUUCACAUGCGUUGCAUGUCAUCCGACUGAGCUCUGCAUUGCUGCCGGUGACAACAAAGGAAGAAUCCAUUACUAUAGAAACUUCACAGACGAGAACAGCGUGAUAAAGUCCAUGAACCAUUGGCAUUCCCUACGAGUUGAAGAUUUGUGUUUCACUUCAGAAGGUUCUUAUUUAUUCAGCGUUGGACAUGAGUGUACUUUGGUACAGUGGCAAUAUAAUACAAAUCACAAGGAUUUCCUGCCCAGGUUAUUGGCUCCUAUUAGUCAUGUGACUUCAUCGCCUGACAACCAAAUUCAAGCUUUAAGCUUAUUCAAUAAUGUUAUCCUGUUGGUAUCAAACAACCGUGUUGUUAAGACCAUUCAAGGCCUAAAUUAUGGCCAUCUUCAACAGCAGCAGCAUCCACCAUGCCAUGCAGGCAUGACCUUUGACCCUCGGACCAAAGCCUUGGUUCUCAAUGGAAAGGUCGGACACAUACAGUUUUACCAAGUUGAAGAAGACAGAGCUCUUUUUAAUCUUGACAUAGUUGGGCAGAAUUACAUAUCCCCCGAUAGCCUGGACAAACCACUCAUUCACACAGACGUUGACCUCAUGGCAUUCAGCCAAGACGGCCAGUGGCUUGCAACAAUUGAGUCCAGGGAUGAUGGACAAACAUCAUCUGAACUCCGUUUGAAGUUUUGGUGCUUUGAUGAACAGAAGGACAGUUUCACAUUAAAUACCAAUGUUGAGAACCCACACUUAGGAAAGAUCACUUCCCUGUGUUUCAAGCCAUCACCUAGCAACCAGGAGACCACACCCACUGCUGUCACCGCAAGUGAUGAAGGACAGUUCAAAGUUUGGACUCUUGUGGAUGAUUCCGAUAUAUACAGAAAUAAUCAGUGUUGGAACUGCCAUUCUGUUGGAUUUUACCGGAACCUUCCAUGCGGUUAUGUUUGUUUUGCAAGUGAUGGCUCCUUAUUGGCUGUUGCCUUUUCUCAAGUGAUCACAAUAUGGGAUCCAACAACCAAUGUACUAAAAACUACAUUAUCACAUGGUUCAAAAUACCCAAUCAGGAAAUUACAAUUCGGACAUGGUGACAGCUCACAUCUUCUAGUCUCCACCACAGCCACUACCCUGUGCGUAUGGAACCUAUUAACAUGUUCUAUGAGUUGGAACGUCUGCAUGGAGGUGACUCUGUUAUUGUGUGAUCCGUUAUCCCAAUACUGGAUUGCAAUAGAUUCAGCAAAAACAUUGUAUGUCUUUGAGGCCAACAGCCCCAAACCAGCGAUGACCCAUCCAAAGUUCAUUAAGAGUCAAGUCAUCAAUGGGAUUUUUAUACCUCGUCUUCAUGCACUCCCAAAGGAGGAGAAUGAGGAUGUGUUGCCAUGGCAACAUAAUUCUCAGCUUUAUUUAAUGACAAAAAAGCAGGAGUUGCAUUUAGUGGUAAGCCGGCAGGAAGCUGAGAGGGAAGAGAAAAGGAACGCAGACCGAGUGAGAGGGAUCCAAGAAAACUUGCCUGCAACACCAUUCUCCAUGUUCAUUGAGCAAAGUAAAGGAAAUACAUUGAAUCUGCAAGAAAUGCAAGAAUCCAGCAAGCUUCAUGGCAACCCAAGUUCAGAAGCAAUUAAAAAUUUACUAAGUGCACCAGCCCAUGUAUUACCACCAGUGAAGACAUUAUGUGCCUCUUUUAUCAAGGCUCACCUACCCAGAAUACAGGAUAUCAGAGAUCAAAUAGAUAUGGACCAAAGUGAAGGUGAAGAAGAAAAUGAGGAUGAAAAAGAAGAUGAUUCUGACAUAGAGGAAGAGGGAAUGAAAGUUAAAACAAAUUAUGAAGAUAUGGAAAUGAUAAACGAAAUGUCACAGCUUGAUGUUAAAGAAUGGAAAAAACUAUCAAAGCUCACAUUAGCCGAUACACAAUGGCUCGGAAAUGUGUUAGGGAAGGAUCUCAAGUGAUGAUGAUAAUCAAUAACCAAAUUAAUGAAUAUCCAAUCAAUUAACCAUGUUCUCCAAUCAAUUAACAAAUAUUGAUCAAUGGACAUUUAUAUAAAUGGCAAAAAUAUGGAGGCUUGCUAUGUCAAAGCCAACAUCAGCAACAAAAACAUGAAAAUUGCCUUUUUUUUUUUUCACAUUCUUCAUAUUAUAAGCUUUAAAAUGAUGGGUCAUUUACUGGAAUCGACUGCUGUUGCCAAAGUUAUGAGUAAAAGUAUUUACAGCUUCUCUGUACUAAAUUAUACAAUACAUUUUUAUGCAAAUUACUCAGUUUAAAAUUUAGAGACCGUAUGCUGGUUUUGACAUGGCAAGCUUCAUAUAUUAAUGUAUUAAAAAUAAAAUAUUUUAAUUAAAAACAAAUAAAUAAUAAACAGCCAAUGGAUACCCAGUAAUAAUUUGUUUUUGGUAGGAUAUGUUUAAUAGAACAAUAUGCAGUGCGGGGGUGGAAACAGAGAAAAAUCUGUAAAGGGGACACGUGACCUGCAAUAUGUUGGGGGUGUUGUGGUGAUUAUUUUUAGAAAUGCUUAUGGUAUUUAAAUUUUUUUUAAACAGCUUCUUUUGGAGUACUGUACUCCCCUCUUUCUUAUUUCUUUUUUUCUUCUCUUUUUUUUCCCUUUUUUUUGGGAGGAGGGGGCAGGGUGGGGCGUUGACCCGCAUUCUCUCUCUGGAUCUGCCCUGCAGUCCUAUGCAGAUUAUCUGAAAUAUGUUGAUCUCAGUUGCCGUAUCUUCAUCCCAAAUUUAGAAAAUGAAAAGAUCUACAAUGAACGACAUUUUUUGUGUAAUAAAAUGACAUCAUAUCUUGUAACUAUA